AUGAGUUGUGCACGAGGAUGUAAAGCCGAACAGAACUGGCAGGCCGAUGCGCAUGGUAAGCUACAGCGUCAGCUCAAAUCUAUCAUCGAAAAGCAGAGACGGGAUUCUGGUUUCCGUCUACAUCCCACAUAUCAGAGCAAGGAUAGCGUAGCAUUCUUCCACUUCAGAGCCAUCAAUUCGGCGGACGGCGUCGCAGCAAGGGUCUGGACGUUUGACGACCCAGCCGGUAAUGUGCGUUCUGACGAGAGGGUCGUCAACCAGCAAAGACGAGAUGCACCCGAGACACACUAUGCAAACAGUUCAAGCAAUUUUUUUGGCUCGAGACAGGUACUGGACAUGGAUCGUAUCCAAGAGCUGAUUGACGCCGGUCUUGGUAGCCAGUACAUUGUCCCAGCAAAUGACUCCGACGGUUACGACUCAUGGUCAGAUGCUGAUCUGACCGGCACGACGAUCCCAAUGUCUCACAUGAACCCCACUCGCUGGAUGGAUGAGGAGGACGAUAACGAUGACGACAUCUUCGACGAGCAUUACGAUAUCGAUGAAGAGAGUGCGAUGGAACGUCUUGAAUCUCGUGAAGAGUCUACAAAUGUUCAAACUGAGCCCCGCAACGAACAGGUGUCUCCAUCGUACCCCAUAAUCGCACGAGAAUCUGACACUAGAACCAUGUCCGGAUCUGAUGUCACUCCUCUCUUGACCAACGCCUCACUGUCCGACCUGGCAAAAGCGCGAAUCAUCGUUGAGAACGCUAUCGCGGAGUCUUCCAAGCUCAACCAAGCUCGGUUGUUGAGCCCUAUGCGAAACAACUAUGGGCUGAAGCCUGGCACUUUCAUCGGGCAAUCGAAGGUCAAGCGUCGUCUACGUGCAAGAGAAGACGGCACACCAGUGCCACCCCUCCUAAACAUUACCGACAGCAUCGCGGAUGCUGCAGCUCUAGUCGCUGAAGCUGAUGCAGCUGGCAUACCCGGAAAUUUAACGAAGCGCGCUGUGGCUGCCAAGGGCACCUACUGGAUGGGCAGUAUCGACAGGAAGGGUACGGUACCAUGGGGCGACAACGCGACAUACGCAGUUUUCCGGAAUGUGCUCGAUUAUGGUGCAGUUGGUAACGGUGUUACCGACGACACCAAAGCGUUCAAAGCCGCCAUGCUAGACGGCAAACGUUGCGGGAAGGACUGCAACGGCUCUACCCUCAAGAAUGUCAUUGUGUAUAUACCGCCAGGCACGUACCUGAUCUCGACCACCAUUCCCAUGCCAUUCGGGACGCAAGUCAUUGGAGAUGCAAAUGACAGGCCAACCAUUCUGGCAUCUAAAUCGUUUAUUGGUAUGGGGGUGUUGUCGACAGACGAGUACACUGGCGGAGGGACUGGCGCUGAUGGUCUAGAUGAGGAGUACUACAUCAACACGGCAAACUUCUACCGGCAAGUUCGCAAUGUGAUCAUCGACGUUAGACAGACCCGUGCUUCACAGAAGGCCUCAUGUUUGCAUUACCAGGUUGCUCAAGCUACGAGCACGCAGAAUGUACUCCUCAUCGCCGGUCCGACACAGAAUGGCAUGUAUGCUGAGAAUGGCAGCGGUGGGCAGAUAUCAGACAUAACAUUCCAAGGUGGAGCUAUCGGCCUCUAUGGCGGUAGUCAGCAAUUCACAGCCCAACGCUUGAAGUUCGAGGACUGCACGAUCGGCGUCCAUCUCAUUUGGGAUUGGGGUUGGGUCUGGAAGUCCAUUACCAUGAACAACGUCGGCACUGGAUUCAAGCUUGUACCCGACAGUACUUCCGGUGCAGCGGCGGGCAACAUAGGCUCAGCGUCCUUCCUCGACUCGUCUUUCAACAAUGUCAAGACAGUCGUUCAGAUCUCACCUUCCACUUCGACAGUUGGGUCAGGCAGUACUGGGCUCAUCCUCGAAAACAUCAGGCUUUCAGGCGUGGGUACCACCGUCGCUGAUACAGGAGGAAAGACGAUAUUGGCCGGCUCCUCAUCCAAGAUUGACGAAUGGGCGAUGGGCCCGGUUUACAAGGGCUCGGCUGAUAAGAAAGACCGCGAAUUCACGACAGGGGAAAAGGUCGGAAGUUUCCGCCGCCAUUCAACUCUUGUCGAUGGAAAUGGAGCAUACUUCGAGCGUGCCAAACCCCAGUACGAAGACCGUCCAGUUGGCGACUUCGUACACAUCAAGGACCUUGGAGCCAAGGGUGACGGAAUCACCGACGACACCGCAGCGUUCCAAGCUGCACUGCAUUCAAGGCUGGGUAAAAUACUCUUCGUUGACGCCGGCUCAUACAUACUCACAUCGACGGUGACGGUUCCUAGCGGCACCAAAAUGGUUGGCGAAACAUGGUCGCAGUUGGUUGCUUCCGGGUCUUACUUCGAAGAUGCGCUCCAUCCCAAGGUGAUGCUCAAGGUCGGUACCAAAGGCCAAACAGGAGAUGUCGAGAUGCAGGAUCUGUUCUUCACUACAGUUGGGGCGACGGCGGGAGCUAUCCUGGUUGAGUGGAAUCUUAAAGCGUCCAGCCCCGGAUCGGCUGCGUUGUGGGAUUGCCACGCCCGUGUUGGAGGCGCUACUGGGACCAAGUUGACGCCGAAGGAAUGCCCACCAGUCACCAGUGGUGUUGACCAAGGAUGCAGCGCCGCAAGCUUGAUGUUCCAUCUUACAUCGUCUGGCUCGGCAUAUCUCGAAAACGCUUGGUUCUGGGUUGCAGAUCACAUGAUUGACGACCCUGAUCUCGAAAGCGGUGCCAACAACAUGGAACAAAACUCGGUGUAUGUUGCGCGUGGCUUCUUGGCUGAAAGUACCGAGCCGACAUGGCUCUACGGUGUUGCAUCUGAGCAUGCAGUGUUUUAUCAGUUCAACUUCCACAGAGCCCAAAACAUUUUCGCGGGCUUGCUCCAGACAGAGUCACCAUACUACCAACCCACGCCACCUCCACCCGCUCCAUUUAAAUCCGCGCUUGGUGUUUUCCCGGGCGACCCUACAUACGAAUGUGCGGCCGGCGAUGAGUUCAGUGGGUGCGACGAGUCAUGGGCGAUCAUAAUGCGAGAGUCGCAGAAUGUGUUCAUUGCAAGCGCGGGCCUAUACUCUUGGUUCUCCACCUACGCGCAGACCUGCAUCGACCAGCAGCUGUGCCAGAAAGCUUUACUUUUGCUCGAGAAGAACUUCUCCAACGUUAGAAUUCAGCAUCUCGUUACCAUCGGCGCCAAAUAUAUGGCAAUCAUGGAUGGUAAGGGCAUACUUGCCAAGGACAACCUCAACGUCAACUCCCACCCUUUCUGGUCGCAGAUCUCUGUGUUGGACGUCAGCAGCAAUGGCUCCAUGUACGACGAGUAUACCUGGGUAGAUCCCAAAAUUUGGGACAUGGAUCAGCCAGCGUUCACCUGCUCGCCGCCUUGCAACGUCAAGAUUCCUCCAUGGACCCGUGCAACAAGCACACUGAACUACCCGUUGAUCACUGUUAGCGACGGCGAUUGGACAAGCACCAUCACGAAACCGCCCAUGACGAUAUCGGAGUGGAUAUUUGAACCCGUGACACUGACUGGACAAGCUGUCAACCAGAAGCGCCAGGGUUUUGAGGCCUUCUGGCCCAAACCCGCAACCACACCCCAUUGGCCUUCGGUGAUCUAUGCCGGCCCAGAUGGUGAGUCUACCACGGUAGGGCCUAAGAUAUCUUUUCCAACGCCACCACCAUCUGUCGGUCCCAAUGCGCAGCCACCACCGACAGGUAGCUGGCCCAAACGGCAAAUUCAGCCAAUCAUCGGGCAGCUGGAGGAACCCUUGGUCAAGGAAUGUAGCUUCAUUGACUUCAGUUGCCUGACCGAACCAUGGAUCUUUGGCCAAAACAACACCAUCUCAGAUGGGGACGACGACGAUUUUGAUGAGAAUUGGGAGGACAGCGACGUUGUAUGUCCAUUACCGAGCAGUUCCUCAUCUAGCUCAUCGUCUUCGACGAGGACGACGACUACCGAAGACCCACCAGAGCCCACAGCAUCUCCGCGCGAGGGCGAUCCAAUGCAGAACAAAGUCGAUUGUUACGGUGGUUUGGAUCAGAAAACAGAACAUGUGCGCAUGGACAGUGCCAUCAAUAGCUUCUGUGGUGGACUAGGGAGCCCCGGUGACGUCUUCAAGGAAGACUACUUCAAGUCAAUAACCUUCCCAUUUCCCCAGGGUUCAGGAACCGGUGUUCAGAUCCUCAUAUCGCUCAGCGUGGAGAAAGGCUGCCAGUUCAAGUAUAGCUAUGAUCUGUGCCACAGAUAUCUGGAGGUUCCCGUCAAUAGCUGUCAAUGUGGAGGCACAAACGGUAAGCAGGGUGGUUUCUUGAACAACGACUGCUAUGAGUGGAGGAUCGAUCCGCAGACUGUGUUUUAG